UUAAUUAAAUUAAAAUGGACGCAGUGCCGCAGCAAACAAACAACAGCAGCAGCCCCUUCGACGGAGAAAAAUGCCAGAAACUCAAGAGAUUCGUGAUUGUUGGCCUGCUGAUCACGAUUGGCAUCUUGAGUUGGCACUUUUACGAGUACUUCCACAGCAAACCGCUUCCCAAGACGCCCGACGAUGUGCUGACCCUCUCAAAGAAUCUCUACGCGGAGGAACUGGAGGUCAGUCCAUACCUCUACAAGGUGAACAUUCAGGGAAAGACCUCAUCUGGAGCCCACGAUGAUCGUGCCCCGAGAAACCUCUUUGAACUGCAUCAGGACUUGCUGGUUAGGGAUGCCAACUCCACAACCGCCCUGCUGAUGCGACUCUUUGACAACUAUGAGUUGGAUGUGGGCGUGGCAGAACACUCCACUCCCGAACAUGAACAGGAGCAGCAUGAUUUCCUUAGGGCGGUCAUGAACACCCGGGUGAUGAAGCUAACUAUGAGAUUUUUGGUGAACAAGGAUAUUGUGAGCUCAGAUUACGAUGACCAGCUGCGUCUGCUGCAAGAGCUCUGGUUCACUCCCUACUCCCGGGGACGUGGCAUUAUAGGGAGCUCCAGUUUCGAGCACGUUUUCAUGGCCGAGAUCCGGGACCAGAAGGUUCUGGGGCUGCACAAUUGGCUUUACUUUGCCGAUCAGGAGCAGCGCGGCAAUGUGGACUAUAAGGGCUGGAUGAAGCACCAGGAAAUGGGAAAGCCCAAACAAAUGCUUUUGAGUAUCAGACACACGUUCUAUAAUAUCCAAAAGCCCUACAACGGACUAUUUGUGGGCACGUCGCCCGAGCUUGAUAUGAGCCUGUACACCGCCUGCUUCCUUACCACCCCGGAAAAGGAGCCCUGCCACAUCCAGCUGGGUCACGUGAGUGCCUCCAUAUUCUCGUACGCCUGGGACUGGAAGGGAAAGCGCCUCAUAGCCACCGCAUAUCCCGACGUAUCCUAGGA